AUGUCCAGCAACGAGGAAAAUGAGUUGUACAUGGUCAAGGAGGCGCAAAGGCUUCGAAAAUCCGAUCCCUGUGCGGCUAUGGCCUGGAUAAUCACGGCCAAAACUCUGUACCCCAAUGCCUUCAAUCUGCAGUACGAGGCUUACCUAUUGGAACGCGAUGGUAAAAACUAUGAGGAAGCGGCCAAAUGUUUCAGCGUUAUAGCCACCAACUUUCCGAAUCAACACACAGAACUGUGGCAGGAGAUCAAUGCCCUUACAAAUGCCCUCAGAAAUGAGAGUGAGAAUACGCCGGAGCACGAGUUCUACGUGAAAAUGUACAAACAUCUAACUCCCGAGGUCCAGCACAAUAUAUUCAUGCACACCAUCAACCACAGUGCCGACAAUCUGGAGCGCGUCUAUAUCUACAUACUGAUGUUCAACAAGUUCCCCAAAUCGGCGCUAACUCAAGCCCCCAGAUUGCUGGAAAUGCUGGCUGAGGGCAUGAAGACGGAUCCGGAUCUUUAUCAGAGGAUUCUUGUGGAAGAGGUACUGCCGAUGAUCCAAAAUAAGCCCCCAGAACUCUCGCCCAAUCUCGCCUGUCGUCUAUAUACCAGUUCUCUAGAGUAUUAUCUGCGUCAGAUCAUGGAUGAAUCGGAUACGGCGGAUGCCUGGAAGAACAUCUUCAAGGUCCUGAUGAUCUGUGGGCAAAUGAUGGGCUGGGAACCCUUCUUACCCUUUAGCAAGCACGUCAACCAGAAUGUCUACUGGGAAAAACUGGUGGAUAUACUUUCUGGAAGUCCUGCGGGCAGCUCCCAGGUUUUAUUCUACGCCACCACCUUGUUUAUUUACUCCCUGCAUGGUUAUAUACGGAAUUGCAAGUUGCGGAUCGAGGAUGCCGAUGUUAGCCAUGUUUUGGUAGAGGGAUUCAUGGAAUGGUCACCGGAAAGCGAUGGCUCUGAAGUGCCCAGCAUGGAGCCGCCCAAAUUCUCCCUGACCACCGCUAUAAGUCCGGAACUAUCCAAGGCCUUUUUGCACGCCGCCCAGUGCUGGCAGUUGCUCAAUACGGAUCAGUUUCAAAGGGAUUUCAGUCAACUAAUGCUAGCUCUGCCACUGGCCCCCUGGAUCUCCAGGUUCCUCUUCGAUUUGGCCAUAUAUUUCGGGCACCGGGAUGAGGCCAACAAGCUAAUGGCAGACAUGACCACUCAGAGCAGCCUGGUGCAAAGUCUGCAGAUCCUAAGUCUUAAUCUGAUGCAGGGGAGCAUGACUCUUCAGGGCUUCCAGUGCAUUCUGAAGAUCCUCUCCGAGUUGCCCGCCACCCAGGGUCAACUUUUGGAAAACAUGUCGCUCAAGGGUCACCGCCACAUGGUUUUCCUGCCCCUCACUCGAUCCGCUUUGGUUCAAUAUUGCGUGGGAGCCAUCAUCAGCAGACUGAGCCGAAAGGUUUACGAACCCAACUGCCCAGAUCGAUUGCUUGGGGAUCUCCUGGUGCUUCAGCAACUGAAUCUGCUCAACGAUGUACUGCUCACCCAACAAAUCUUUAACUUGAUUAAGCAGCGCAAGUCGUUCAAUCUGCGCACCCUAUCCACCUAUAUAAUUGCCAUUGAUUUGAUUGAGGAGCUCUCGCACAUUUGGAACUCGCAGCAGGAGGAUAACUUCGAGUUGACCAGCUCACCCAUUUCCAGUGGCACACCCACAGCGACAAGUGGAGCUGGUGGCUCCCAAACGCGAAGAAUUGGAACUCGCGGAGCGGACAAGGGAGCCAGGGAUGAAUUUAAGGCCAUAACUCGCCAGCAGAUUGCCCGUUGCAAUGAGAAUGUGAUCACUUUGCUGGCGAAUUUCAUUAGCCAGGAACAUCUGAUGCUGGCGCAACACAUCUUCGGGAUCAGCCAGCCCGUGGAGACUAUUGUGAUUAAGUGAGAAGUCUAAACGAGGUAUACCUAUAGUAGUUAAUAAGGGGUGUCUAUAUAAUAUACAUAUCUGCUUUAAGAUUAUUUUCUUAGAAAGAUUGAAAAAGCCUUUCAUAACGUUAAAUAAAUAGUAGAGUAAAGACCGAA